AUGGUUGAAUCAAUAAUUGGUAUUCGUGGAAAAGAUUUUGUUUUAUUAGGUCAAGAUGCUAAUACAACAAAAUAUGGUAUACAUAAUAUGAAAUUUGAUACAAAUCGUUUAUUUAAAUUAACUAAUCUUAUUGUUGGUGGUUAUUCAACAAAUAAACAUGAUCAACAACAUGCACAAUUUUAUUCAAUUGAUUAUUUAGGUGCUAUCAUAUUAGCUAAUGUUGUUGCUCAUGGUUUUUGUCAAUUUUUUGCAUUAACUAUUGGUGAUCAUUUAUAG